AAGGUAAAGGUAAACCGAUGAACUUUCAAUCUAUGUUAUCAUUUUAAAGUGAGAGGGGCGAAAUAAGGUAUUAUAAUUUUUUGACAUUUUGAAGGGCAAAAAAUUUGUAUAAAUUAUACCAUCGUUCAUAUUUAUAUUAUAACUAUAGUUAAUGACUGGUUGACUAUUUAACUAUUUGUAACUUUGAAUUUGUACUAGCAUUAUAUAAUUUAUUUAAAAUGCAGUCUAAUUUAUUAAGUAGGUUGUCUGUGGCUGUAAAGGUUAGUAUUUAUGAGAAUUUGAUGUGUAUUAUUCUAUUAAAUAUAUUAUUCACUGAUAGAAGUAAAAAUAUAAAUUUUUGUUUAGCCUGCUAUACUGAGGAAAUCCAACCAUGUUGACCGUGGUUUUAUAUUCUCUGUAGUUAAUCGCCGUUAUGCAAGUGGUGAUUCUGUAGAUUUAGUUGUUAUUGGUUCUGGACCUGGUGGUUAUGUAGCUGCCAUUAAAGCUGCCCAACUAGGGCUGAAUGUAAGUAUAAAAUAAGUACUUUAAUAUAAAAUAGUUAUAUUGGUUAUGUUUAAAUACAUUGUAGUUUCUAAAAACAGCAAGAAAUUUAUUGGCUAACUACUAUGUUUUUUUUUUUUUUUUUGAUUCAUAAACCAAUUUUGUUUUUUUUAAAUAACUCAACUUUUCACAGAAUUGCCAUGAAAGUUUUUUCCAAACAUGUUAUAAUUUCCCAAAUAUUUUUGUUCUUUUUAAGUAUUUCUUGUCUUAAAGAUAACUGACAUUUUGGAGUUUUAGAUUCUGAGCAGAGCAAGGAAUGUAUUUACAAUAUUUUUAUAUUUAUUUACGAAUAUUAAUCAUUUAAUAAUUUUGUGUUUACUUUAUUUUUUUAUUUUUUUAUUGUAAACAACUUUUCUACCAGAAAUUUUGUUCCAAUUAUCAAGUGCAGUAUUUUUUCUGAAAGGAAAUUUGACUGGAGUGGUACUUUAGGAAAGUCAUUUUCUGAUCUUUCCAGGGGUUUUCAUAAUAAAUGGAAAAAACCUUAGCAUGAACAAGAAAAUGUAUUAUUUUCAAAUCAUGAAUAUUACGGCCUUUCAAAACAUGUAUAACUGAACUCCAUUCAUAAUCAUUUUUUCGUUAGCAAUGUUAAAUCAUUACAUACAGAUCUACAUUAAAUUUCCUCUCUACCUUCCCAAUUUCUCACUUAUAAUAAUGACCCACUCAUCAUGUGAAGUAUGUCUGGUACCUUUUAUUUUUCAAUUUACCUAUGUAAUUAAAAUUGUUUUUCCACAGUUCAAAAGCUCUGAAUUGUUAAAUGAAUUUGCAAUAGCUCAUGUCUCAAAUUUCAUGAAAAUAAAACUAACAAAAUUGGAUAUUUUAUUGUAGAUAUCAAUAUUAUUGAUUAUCAUUUUGUUUUUUAACAAGCAAAUUAUAGAGGCUUAAAAUUUUCACCAGAUAUUUUCAUUUACAAAUUCUAGUUAAGAUAUAACCUGCAAUGUGUUAUAGUCUAAUUUUGAGCUAUUUUUAGGUACUUAGAAUGUUGUAAGUUUUUAUCUGUUAAAUAAAUACAAUUUUUAACUCCUAACAAGAUUAUACUUAGAAUCAUUUUUUGUUUGCAAUGAAUUAUUGAUUAUUAUGAUUGUUUACAAAAGUUUUUCUACUAAAUUACUUAAUACUUAACUCUGUAUUAAGUUUCCAACAGCGAACUAUUCAUGAUUUGAAUAUGUAUCAUUUAUCAUUAUAUUUUAUUCUUUGUAGACUGUGUGUGUUGAAAAAAACCCUACACUUGGUGGUACUUGUCUGAAUGUUGGGUGUAUUCCUUCCAAAGCAUUGUUAAAUAAUUCUCACUAUUAUCAUAUGGCCCAUUCUGGUGAACUUAAUACUCGAGGAGUUGAAGGUAAGUUAAAUUUAUUUUUAUUUUUUUUAUAUUUUAAGAUCAAAUCUUAUCAUUCGUAUUUGAAUUCUUAAUAUGCUAGUUGAAAAUGUCAAAUUAAAUUUGGAAGCAUUAAUGAAAACAAAAACUAAUGCUGUUAGUGCAUUAACUGGUGGAAUUGCUCAUUUGUUUAAAUCCAAUAAAGUAACAUUAGCCAAAGGUCAUGGUAAAAUUAAGGACCCAAACACAGUAUCAGUAUUGAAAGAAGAUGGUUCUUCCGAAGAUAUUAAAACUAAAAAUAUACUUAUAGCUACUGGUUCUGAAGUGACACCUUUUCCAGGAAUUGAAGUUAGUUUUAAAAAAGAGUUUUAGUUAACUUAAUCAUAUCUUUUUUGAUUAUUUAAAAUUGGUUAUUAAAAACAAAUUGUUUAAUAUUGAUUACAGAUUGAUGAAGAAACUGUAGUUUCUUCUACUGGUGCUUUAAAACUUUCAAAAGUUCCAGAAAAAAUGAUUGUCAUUGGUGCUGGUGUUAUUGGUCUGGAAUUAGUGAGUAGUUCAAAAUUAUAUAUAAAUAUAUGGUUAAGUGUUAAUUGUUUUGUGAUAUUAGGGAUCUGUUUGGAGUCGUUUGGGAGCCAAAGUGACAGCUGUUGAAUUUAUGCCUUCAAUUGGUGGUGUUGGUAUAGAUGGUGAAGUAUCAAAACAGUUUCAAAAAAUAUUAACCAAGCAAGGAUUAGGGUUUAAAUUAGGAACUAAAGUAAUCAGUGCUAGUAAAUCGAGUGGACAAAUAUUAGUUGAAGUUGAAAAUGUAAAAGAUCCAUCCAAAAAAGAAACUGUAAGUAAUGAUUUUUAUAAUGUCUAAUGAAUAUGCUGUGGUGGGAUCUAGGACUUUUAGGCGCUGCCUGUUUCCAAUAAUAGUUUGUUUUGCAAUGAUGAUAAAAAAGUGCAAGGUCACACUUUAACUUACUGUGGUGUAGAUUUGGAAAAUAACUGUUUCUCAUGUGGACAAUUAUAUAUAGCAUUUUCUAGAUACCAAUACAAUUAACAAUUAUAAUUAUAGAAUCAUUUUUAAUAAUAAUAUGUGUAUAGAAUCAUUGGAAUCAUUUGUAAAUAUUAUUAUUAUUUUUUUUUAUUUGUUAUUCAGCUACUACUACUACUACUACUACUAUUUAACAAUUGAUUCAAUUAAGUAAAAUCAAUUUCUUUUUCUUCUUUAAAACACAACAAUGAGUUUUGAACUUAAGAAUUUCAUUUAGAGAAAGCAAAAACUACACACGGUAAUUUAGCUAGUAUAUUAUAUUCCUACUCAUUUUUUUAUUUACUUUUAUCCACACAAUUAUUUUAUUUUUUAUAUUGUAUUAUUUUUGAUAUGUAUAUUACUCAAUAAUUUUCAAUAGCAUUUAUUUUUGCCUUUAUUGCCUAAACGACAGCACCAAAAAUAUGUAUUGCUUACAUGGCAGCGCCAAAAAAUCCUACUCCUGCUGUUUUGCCAUGCAUGCAUUUUACUAUGUAUUAUAAUUUGUUUGGUGAAUUAUUAAUGUUUAGUUGGACUGUGAUGUAUUACUUGUAAGUGUUGGCCGUCGGCCUUAUACAGAAAAUUUAGGUUUGGAAGAAAAUAAUAUUGAGAAAGAUGUUAAAGGAAGAAUACCUGUAAAUUCCAGAUUCCAAACUGUAAUACCUAAGUAUGAAGUUUUAUUAUUUUAUUCAUUAUAAAUUAAAAUAAAUGUUUAAACUAUAUUUUUAGUGUAUUUGCAAUUGGAGAUUGUAUUCACGGUCCAAUGCUAGCACACAAAGCAGAAGAUGAAGGAAUAGUUUGUGUAGAAGGUAUAACAGGCGCACCAGUGCAUAUUGAUUACAAUUGUGUUCCUUCGGUUAUAUAUACCCAUCCAGAAGUAGCAUGGGUUGGAAAGUCAGAAGAAGACUUAAAAAAUGAAGUAAUUCAAAUUUGUAUUCGCUGUGGAUAAAUAUGAAUAUAUUUUGAUGUUUUUAGGGCGUUGAGUAUAAAAUAGGGAAAUUUCCAUUUAUGGCAAAUAGCAGAGCCAAAACUAACAAUGAUACUGAUGGAUUUAUAAAAGUUCUCGGUGACAAAGCUACAGAUAAACUAUUAGGAUGCCAUUUAAUUGGACCAGUAAUUGUGUUAUGUAAAAACAAUUAAUUUUUGAUAUUUAUAAUUGUAUUCUUUUAGGGAGUUGGAGAAAUAGUUAAUGAAGCAGUUUUAGCAAUGGAAUAUGGAGCAUCUUGUGAAGAUAUUGCUAGAGUGUGCCAUGCACAUCCGGUAAAUUUGUUUACAAAUCUAUUGAAAAACAUAGCAUUAUUAAUAACAAAAAAAAAAAAAAUGAUUUCUUUUUCAGACUUGUUCAGAAGCAUUAAGAGAAGCAAACUUAGCUGCAUACUUUGGUAAAGCUAUUAAUUUUGGUUAAAAAAUUUUCUUAUUCCAUAACUGACCAGUGAACAGUCUCCUAAGCAAAUCAAUACAUACUAAAAAUAAAAAUAAAAUUGUAUGUUACUAUUUAAUUUAGACUAAAAUUACAUUGUAAAUUCAUUUUUGCUUGUACUUUUUUUUUUUUUAAAUAAUACUCCAAAAUCACUUGUAGAUAUCAUUUCUACUUUGUAGUAUCAGUGUUAAAUUAAUUGAAACAACCCAAAUUAUCCUUAUACUCAACCCUAGAAUUGUUAAUAACUAAAAGAAAAUUGUUUGUAUAAUUAAAGUUAACACAUAUAUAUUUUAUUAUAAAAAUAUUAUUUUCUUUUGUAUAGGUACCUAUUUUAAAUUGUUUUUUUUUUUUUUUUGCCAAAAACAAUUCUAACCAUAUUCAUUAUAAAUUUUGUAAUAUUACAUUAACUAGUUGGGUUAUUACUAUUUUUCAAUUAAUUUAACUAUUGGUACUAAAUAUGAAACAUAUUCUUCUGUUUAUUUCAUUAGUUGUUGUUACAUAAUAUGAUGUGAUUGUUAAUAUUUUUAUUUUAUGUAAUUAUUAAUGUUUUUUUUAGAAUAUAAUACGAGACAAAUUUGAAGCAUAUUAUUUUUACUACUAUAUUCAAAUAGUUUUUUUGUAUAAUUAAUGGACUGUAAAAUAUGUUGUUUACCUACAUAAUUAUUUAUACAAGUUUUACUAUUCAAAAGAACAUUGCUUAUCAACUUAAAAAUUCACCCUUAUAAGUUACAUAUAUACCAAUUAUCA